GCGCCCAGCGAACAGGAGAGGACACGAAGCCGAGUGGAGAUAAAGACCACCAGAGACCAGAGACCAGGACCUUGGACAGCAAGCAGAGCGACCUUCUCCAGACCUGAUGUGUAAAGCCAUGUUACAAAGAAGCGGCCCCCAGCUGCUUUUCCUCAUCGCCGUGUGCAGCGUCCUGUACUCCCGGACCCUGAGUCUCCCCCACGCCUCCAGCAGGCCGGACCGGCACGCGGACGGGCUGUUCACCAGCGGCUACAGUAAGCUCCUCGGGCAGCUGUCCGCGCGGAGGUACCUGGAGUCUCUGAUCGGGAAGCGGGUCAGUGACGAGCUGAUGGAGGAGCCGGUGAAGCGCCACUCUGACGCCAUCUUCACAGACAACUACAGCCGCUUCCGCAAACAGAUGGCCGUGAAGAAGUACCUGAACUCGGUGUUGACGGGGAAGAGGAGCCUCGAAGAUCCUGGAACCAGUGACCUGGAGGAGUCCAGAGACGAAGGCCACGCCCCCCAGGAGAACUACGAUGACAUCACCGUGGAUCACCUGCUCAACAACUUGCACCUGCCCCUUUGAGGAGCGGCUCGUUCCAGCGAAUACCUCCAGUCAUCCUCAUGAAGAACCUGGUCCGUGUUACUCUGGAGACGCCGUUUGAUGUGUUCUCCCAUGUGGUUCUGUAUCUAUUCAUCCACACAUGUUUACACUGGAUGUAAAUACAUGUAUGUACAUCUACACACUGCGCUGCAUAGACUAAACACGCAUGUCCACGUGCAGAUAAAGAUAACUGCCCUUUGCUUUCUGAUCUUUGUUGUUCCGUUGACUUUCAUUGAAGCCGCUUCUUCGUCCCGCUGAGUUUGAUGAAAUGUGUCCCGUUGACUCCCAGUUAAAGGGUCGACCCGUCAAAUGUCAAUAGAACAGCAUUUACUUUCACUAGUGGAACUUUCCCAUUGACUAGAUCUUCUAUAACUUAGGGUUCAUGAGGCAACGUUUCCUCCGUUAACUCGGAAUGUGAAAUAUGUUCAAAUUAAUUCUCAAUGACAGAAGUUCCGUUGACUUUGAGUAGAGAAAGUUUCCUACUAAUCCUCAGUGGACCUCCAGCACCAAACGGACAGCAGACUGCACGGUUAACUUGUAACGGGACUCAAAUUACUUUCAGUUAGAAAAUACAUGAGAUAGAAAUAAAUUGUUUCUAAAACAAGCCUUAAGAGGAACUAUUUUGCCGGAUAACUUUUAAUGUAACUGCUGCCCUAAUAAAUUUGUCCAAUACAUUAAAAUAAAAAAUGUAAAUUUUUUAAUGUCAACGGAACACCGUUUGCUUUAAUAGAGCAAUAUUUUCAUUGAAUUUCAGUGUGAAUGGAGCAUUUGUGUGAUUUUCACAAACCAAUAUUUCCAUUAACCUUUGAAAUGAAGAAUGUUCAAUGGGAAAUGAACACAAUUAACUUACCUUUACUUUCAAGGGCACAUUCCUCCCAAUGAAAGUAAAACAUCUGUUCGACUCAUUUCAAGUGUAAUUCAUGCCGUCGACUUUGAGUCGAACAUUUGACUCGUUGAACUCGAGUAAAAAAAAUGUUUCAGUCUUUUUUCAAGCUUUCAGUGGAUCAUUAUAUUUAAAUUCAAAGCAUCGAUCUGAAGUCUGAUUGGUUUUCACUAACCAGUAGUUCCAUAGACCUCCAAAACAGGACGUAACACUAUUGACUUUCAGUCAUAGAUGUAUCGUUCCAUCAGACUCGAAUGAACAUGUUGAUUUCCAAAGGUUCACAAAUCAUGAUCCAACUGCUGCUUUGUUUUUAGAGAAUCCAAACGUGGUCGUUUCACCGUUAAAAAAUGGAGAUGCAUUUAAUCACUUUAUAAUAUUCCAUAUGUAGAGCAAAGACCUCACAACAUGUUGUAACAUUAUGAGCAUGGACCACAGUGACUCACCGAAUAAAAGAUAUGGUUUUAUUUUUCAAAGCGGAGUCCUUUUGUCUGCCUGAUGUUUGACGAGUGGACUUGAUGGUUUUCAUUCUUUGGGUUAA